AUGCCUCCUCAGCUCCAGUCCCAGAACCAGAACGGUCCCAGGGUCCUGCAGGGCGACCUCAGCGCCCUCAGCCCGGCCGUCAGAGAGUUUGUGGAGACCAACGUGACUCUGUGCCAGCCCGACUCGCUCCACAUCUGCGACGGCUCCGACGAGGAGAACCGGGCCAUCCUGACCCAGCUGGAGGAGCAGGGGAUGAUCAAGAAGCUCACCAAAUAUGAGAACUGCUGGUUGGCCAGGACCGACCCGAGGGACGUGGCUCGUGUGGAGAGCAAGACGGUGAUUGUGACCGAGGACCAGAAGAACACGGUGCCCACGCCGGUGGGAGGCGGAGUCAGCCAGCUGGGUCGCUGGAUGUGCCCGGAAGAGUUCGACAAAGCCGUGAGCCAGCGGUUCCCCGGCUGCAUGAAAGGUCGUACCAUGUACGUGAUCCCCUUCAGCAUGGGUCCGGUGGGCUCCCCCCUCUCUAAGAUCGGCGUGGAGCUGACCGACUCUCCCUACGUGGUGGCCAGCAUGAGGGUGAUGACUCGCAUGGGGAAGUCUGUGCUGUCCGCUCUGGGGAACGGCGAGUUUGUUCGCUGUCUGCACUCCGUCGGUUGUCCUCUGCCCCUCAAAAAGCCUCUGGUGAAUAACUGGCCCUGCAACCCCGAGCAGACGUUGAUCGCCCACAUCCCAGACCGCAGACAAAUUGUCUCAUUCGGGAGUGGUUACGGAGGAAAUUCCCUGCUGGGAAAGAAGUGCUUCGCCCUCCGCAUCGCCUCGCGCAUCGCCAAGGAGGAGGGCUGGCUGGCUGAGCAUAUGCUGAUCCUCGGCGUCACCAACCCUGCUGGGGAGAAGAAGUACAUGGCAGCGGCCUUCCCCAGCGCCUGUGGGAAAACAAACCUGGCCAUGCUUUGCCCGACGCUGCCUGGCUGGAAGGUGGAGUGUGUUGGAGACGACAUCGCCUGGAUGAAGUUUGAUAACCAAGGAAACCUACGUGCCAUCAACCCCGAGAAUGGCUUUUUCGGCGUAGCGCCCGGUACCUCGGCCAAAACCAACCCCAACGCCAUGGAGACCAUCAUCAAGAACACCGUCUUCACCAAUGUCGCGGAGACCAGCGACGGCGGUGUCUACUGGGAGGGAAUGGAUCAGUCACUGCCAGAGGGAGUCACCGUCACAUCCUGGAAGAACAAGCCCUGGAGCUCAGAGGACGGAGAACCCUGUGCUCAUCCCAACUCUCGUUUCUGCACUCCGGCCGGACAGUGCCCUAUCAUCGACCCGCUGUGGGAAUCCCCAGAGGGAGUCCCAAUAGAAGCCAUCAUUUUCGGCGGGCGUAGGCCAGAAGGUGUGCCGCUGGUGUACGAAGCCUUCAGCUGGCAGCACGGCGUGUUCGUGGGAGCAGCCAUGAGGUCAGAGGCCACUGCUGCAGCUGAACACAAAGGCAAAGUAAUCAUGCACGACCCCUUCGCCAUGCGCCCCUUCUUCGGCUACAACUUCGGCCAGUACCUCUCUCACUGGCUGAGCAUGGCCGAUCGCCCCGGCGCCAAGCUCCCCAAGAUCUUCCACGUCAACUGGUUCCGCAAGAGCCCCACCGCCGGGUUCCUCUGGCCCGGUUUCGGCGACAACAUCCGCGUCUUGGACUGGAUGUUCAGGCGGCUGAACGGUGAAGCCGGCGCCAUGCCCUCGGCCGUGGGCUACGUGCCCUGCCACGACUCCCUGAACCUCCAGGGCCUGCAGGGCCAAGUGGACCUGGACGAGCUGUUCUCCCUGGAUCAGGAGUUCUGGCAGAAGGAGGUGCAGGAGGUGAGGAGCUACUUCACCACGCAGGUGAACGACGACCUGCCGAACGAGGUGGCCCGGCAGCUGGAGCUCCUGCAGCAGAGGGUGAAGCAGAUGUAAAGAGGAAAAAGAAACGAACGAGAAGAAAGAGCCACACGUUAGUAAUUCUGAACGGCCAUGUUUGUAGUUCAGCUCGUCUGUAAUUCUAGAACGGACUAAGUUAGUUAGUAUUUCUGCCUUUGAGGAAGAGUCUCGCAACCUUUUAUGAAAGAGGAACAAUUCUCCUCUGAAUUUUCUUGCCACUACACUUAUUUUUUAAAUUCUGCACAGGUUGCUCUUUAGUUAGAAAUCUUCCCGUUUUCAGGUUAUUUUUCUGAAAAUGCCUUUUUAAAAUCGUCGACCAGGAAUGUUUAGAUGAAUGAUAUGAACUGGAAUGAAUAGUAGGAGUUAACAAACAUUCCUCACUGUGCUCAUCAUGUGUACCUAAUGCUGUUGUAACAGCACUGUUCUCAAACUGUUGUUCUGAUCUGUUGUCCUGUACGUCUGGUCUAAUAUUUAAUAAUAAUUUAUUAUAAAAGCACGUUAUACUGUCACUGCCGUAUAGAUUAUAUGGCACAGAGAGAUUCCAAGACCAGUAUUGUGUUGUCCUUCCAACGAGGGGAAAUUUAUGUGUUCUGUUCCUGUAGGUACUUUUUUUUUUUUGCCUUAAUUUAUUUUUAUACUAUGUCAGUAUCUGUUGGUUCUGUUUUGUUGUAAUCUUGAGCCCCCAAAGAGGGGAAACGGCAAUAAAAGUAUUUAAACUUA